AAACUUCCAACUUUCCUUUUUCGUUCGUCCCAAUUAAAACUUCCACUUUCCUUUUUUGGCAAAGAAUUUGUGGUUCACAACAAUUCUUACAUAUUUCUCUCUCCUCUGCACAACUCUCCACCACACAAUGCCCACUAUCUUAAACUGUGUGUCAAUCCUAUUUGGAAGAUAAAUUAGGGACAGAGUCGGAGGGAGUAAUUUUUUUUAAGAAAAAUUGAAAAUAAUAAUCCCAACUAUUGCUGGUCCGCUGAAAAUAAUCCCAACUAUUGAUUAUUUUUGUAUAAUCCCAACUAUAUAGACUAUCCGCCAAUAUUGGUCCAUGACCAUAUAUUACCUCUAUAAAAAGUGAAUUUUAAAUAGAAAUUAAGCGUAAAAAUUAAAAGUUGAGAUUAUUUAUAGGGAUUACUUGUUAGAUCUCAUCUCAUCCACUUUAGAAACUACAAGAAUUUAUUCAUAGGGACCAUUAUUGGCGGAAGGUCCCUAAAGUUGGGAUUAUUCUGUAAUAAUCAAUAGUUGAGAUUAUUAUGAGCGGACCGCCAAUAGUUGGGAUUAUUACUAUCAAUUUUUCCUUUUUUUUUACCAGGUCUCUGUUUACCCAGUCCACGCUGCAUUCGGUGAUUGGCUACAAAAUAUGUAAUCAUUCUCAUGAAUCUGCCAUGCACACUGCACAUGUCUGUAUAUAUAUAUCCCCUCUCAACGGUAUUCCCAUGUCUACUGCCACUGCAAACGGAGCCUCAGGACCACUUCUUCUCUUCAUUUCCGUUCGUCCACUUUCUAACCGUCUCUUUCAAUCUCCACCGUCCGAUCUCAUCUCUUCACCCACGAAUCCCCCAUUUUACCCCUACAACUUCGCUCUAAUUACCGUUUUACCCCGUUUCACUUUUCUUCUCCAACUAAUUUCUCACUCUUCGGUGUGAGUGAGUGCCAAGAAUCACUCGCUUUCCAAUCCCAAGCUAUAUAUAUAUAAAUACACGCAUAUAUGCGUACUGUUCGUUUUUACUUUCCACAGUUCUGUUAGAGAGAUAUAGAGAGAGAGGGAGAUGGAAGCGUACUUGAGAUGCGAACGGGUUGUGAUGGCGGAGACGACGCCAAUGGCUGCGAUGGUGGAGGCUGGAGCUGCUGCGUUCCGGGGGAAAGAUGGAGAGGUGACGAUCAUCAGCUCUAGUAAGCGGAGAAAGGUUGUUUCUCCGUCCGAUCAUUGCGAGGUCUAUUGUUUGUCGGAGUGCUCUGUUUUUCCGGCGUCUUCAUUGCCGGCUUCAGAGUGCGAGGGCUCUAGCUACGCGGAGGAAAAAGCUUUGGAUCUGAAGGAGAAAGGUUUUGAGACGGCCGAUACAGCAAACAGCACCGGCAAAUUCAGCGGGGAGACGACGGCAAUAACUGGACUUAGCCAAGGAGACUCAGGAACAGAGGUGGAUUGCUCGAAGAAGAUAUCAAAGGCGGAGAAAGUAUCAUCGGCAGGCGGCAAAGAUAAUACACCGUCUGCGGCAGAGAUUGAAGAGUUCUUCUCCGCUGCUGAAAAGUACCAGCAAAAUUUGUUCAUGGAAAAGUACAACUACGAUGUAGAGAAGGACGUACCUCUGGAAGGGCGGUACAAGUGGGUUCCAUUGAAGCCUCCCUGUUCCCAGGUGAUCAUCAAAGUCGGUGAAGACGAACAGCUUAGCCGCAGUUGAUAAUUUUCUUAAUCCAUCAUUUGUCUUUUGUCCAGUUUAUAUCCUGCUCACUCUAGCUACUUACUUGAUCUUAAUUAUAUUUUUUGUUAAUUAAUGAUCAGUUGCACACGAUUAAUCGUGCAAAUCCUUCUUCCAUUUCUUUGAAGGUUAUGUUUUUCCAACAUUUCAGCUAUAUUAAUCUCAAUUAGGACAUUCUAAUCUAAGCUAGC